AGGAGUUCACACACAAAUCUACUAAAGAUAUUCUGGAUGCCAUUUCUCAAACCGAUACCCUUCACGGACAGAGUCAGCUAUUAGGCAUUCUUUGGUAUCGCGAAGGACCACAGUUUUGGGUGGAUGGAAGUAAAUACUUUAACAUUGAACAAAUCAACUAAUUAUGUUAAUAAUUUGUAAUUAGUAACAGUAAAGGAAAGACUUGAAAAACUAACGAGGCAGGCUGGAGCUCUCAGGCAUUGGUCUGUAGUACGUUACUGUUCUAGCGUUCUGGAGAAAAUGGUCGAUAGCAUCAGUCCUUACAUUACGUCAACCCUAGUCAGCGGCAAACAGAUUACAGUUGGUAUUUUCGGUCACGAAGAAGUGGUCAUCGAUCAUCCUCUAACUCCCAAAGAAGUAAAAGGCAUUAUAUAUGGUCAGUGUCAGCAUCAUGAUAUUUAUCAAGCAGUUCUUCAACAAGAAAUUAUUCUCUAUAUCGGAAGACUCAUUUCUACGUCACCGCAUCUGUUUCAUGGCAUUUUGAAACUCAGAGUGGGCUGGAUUAUUCAAGCCAUGAUUCUUUAUUUGAAAUUCCUGAAUGAGAAUCCUCCAGCGUUACACAGUCUUUCUCCUAGCGAUUUACGAAAAGUCCUUUUUAAAGUGCUUGAAACGUCAGAUAAUGUUGCAUCUAAUAAGUAAGUUACUGUUGAUUAUCCAAAAUUCAUACACUAAACUAUUGAUUAAAGAUGAAACUAUUCCCAAUAUUUAAAUAAUAAUAAUAAUGUAUUACUAACCUAACCUAAAAGUUAGUUUAAAUUUGAUGUUUUUGAGAUUGAAGUGUUUUUUAUCCAUCUUUUUCUUCUAUGUGGUCACUAAGAGGGUCAAUACUUCAAACAUUUUUACACUGGACUUGCUGUAUAACACAUCUUUAAAAUCUUCUGGGUGCCUGGUGACAAAAUUCACGGGUAAACAAACAUUUUCAGUCUCCCAAGCUCUGCUUGGAAAGCAGAAAACCUGAAGCAGAGCUCGGAAGGCAUCAGAAAAUGUUUGUUUACUCAUGAAUUUUGCUGCCAUUCACCUGGAGAUUUUUGAGGUGUGUUACUAAUGGAGCCAUUUUACUAGUCCUGUCAUAAAUCUGGUCGGGCCACCAAUGGGAUGGUACCUGUGACUUAUCUAGGACAGAACACCCAUGAAAAAUUGCUGGGAUUCAGUUGGAUUUUUGAUCCCAAGUCUCCCAGAACAGCACACUGAUGCUUUUAUUACCUUAUCUGUCUGGAUAUCUGU